CUCACUCAUUACACCUGUUCUCUCUAACCCUCUGUAGCCAUCUUCUUUCACUCCCUUCUCUCUCUAUAUAAAGCUCUCUCCCCGCCAUGACUAUAGAUGCUGCAUCACCUUGCAAGAAGAUAAUGAGGUUCGGAGUUUCAGUUUUCGGUGGAGGCUUCAAAUAUUCAAAAUGUAAAACUAUGGCGAAGCUGGCUACAGCAAGGAUAAAGCUUCUGAGGAACAAGAGAGAAGUAGUGGUGAAGCAAAUGAGGCGUGAUAUUGCUUUGCUUCUUCAGUCUGGACAGGAUACCACUGCUAGGAUCAGGGUUGAACAUGUGAUACGAGAGCAGAAUGUUAUGGCGGCGACUGAGAUCAUUGACCUCUUCUGUGAACUCAUUGUGGCGCGGCUUUCAAUCAUUUCGAAGCAAAAGACAUGCCCAGAAGACCUUAAAGAAGGGAUCUGUAGUUUAAUAUUUUCAGCUCCAAGAUGCUCGGACAUUCCAGAGCUAGCGCAAAUUCGGGAUAUCUUCGAAAAGAAAUAUGGAAAAGAAUUUGUCUCAGCGGCAACAGAGCUGCGCCCUGACUGUGGUGUGAACCGCACUUUGAUUGAGAAACUAUCAGUACGAACACCUAGUGGUGAAGUAAAGUUGAAGCUCAUGAAGGAAAUAGCUAAGGAGUACCAGAUUGAAUGGGAUACAACAGAGUCAGAGAAGGAGCUUCUUAAGCCAUCCGAAGAGCUAAUCGAAGGACCAAGUAAGUUUGUCAGUGCCGCCAGCAUGCCUGUGAAAUCUGCAUCAUCUUACGGGAUUAACUCGUCUUCUAACAGGUACUCGGCCAACGGGAGAGCACAUGAAGAACCAAGUAAAUUUGCCAGUACCACCAGCAUGCCUGUAAAAUCUACAUCAUCUAAUGGAGUUGACUCGUCUUCCAACAGAUUAUGGAAUGACGACGAGGAAGAUUCUAUGCAUUUUGAAGACAUGGCUUCAGCUGCUAAGGCAGCUGCAGAGUCUGCACAGCAAGCAGUUGCUGCUGCACAGGCUGCUACCUAUCUGGCUAACCGAGAGAACCAAAAACUCUCGAUGGAGAACCAUCAGCUAACCAAAAGAAUCAACAGUCUUAAUGGUCCAGACAAGCAAUUUUCGAGAAACAAAUAUUCUUACGCCAAUUCACCUGGCAAUCCUGUUUCGCCAAGUGAUUCACCAGUUAAUAUUCCCAAUAGAAGGCAUCACAGCAAACACUCAUUCAGCGAUUCCCCCAGUCUUCCUCCAGCAAGUGAUUCACCAAUUCAUUCAAACAAUGGCAGGCAUCAUCAGUCUAAGCUCCCUGGGCGUGUAUAUGAGUCCCAGAAUCUCGAAAGGUCUCGAUAUUCUAGUGAUGAGGAACCCGAUCACACUGUUGCGGACAACAAGAGGGUUCAGAGGAGGCACAGCUAUAAUGCUCCCAAGGCACGCUCUAAUAUACAGUUUGAUGAGUCAGAAGAGUCAGAGUCAGAUUGUGACGAAGAGAUUGAAAUGGAUAGAACUCCUCCUGCUGGAAUAUCUGCACUACCACCUAAUAGGCCUGCUCCAAAACUACCUACAUCUCAUACUUCUGAGUUUGAUGAGAGAAAAGGAUCAGCAGAGAACUCUGAUUCAUACAGUAGAAGGAACUCAGGGGUUCAUCCCAAAUUACCAGAUUAUGACAUACUUGCUGCUCGUUUCGAAGCUCUCAAGACACGCAAACCAUGAACAGAAUUUUAUAGUACCAAUGUUACCUUACAUGUGCAUGUGUUCUUUUAUAGCAUAUAGAAUGAAUAAAUGUAGUGAAUAUUACUAAUGUUUCUUUAUGAGUAGAUUUUUUGUCAUCUGGUUACCGAUUCAUUUGUUAGCAUUUCUUGUGUAUUGAACGGCUAGUUUGCUGUUUUCCAAAGCCAUCUUAUUUGCUUGUUUACUUGAAUUUUGAAAUUUCAAAUAGUUCUGAAGUGAGGAAAUGAAAUAUACUGGAGUCA